AUGUCGACAGUCGUACCAGAGAUCCUUUGGGCACAGCGCUCGUCUGCUGACGACGCGGACAAGAACGUGGUGAUGCUCACCAUCAACGUGCCCAACCUGCCUGCUCCGCCAGCGACCAAGUUUGACCUCACCUCGACCGGAUUCUCCUUUAACGCCUCGGUGGGCGACGAAUCGAAAAACAUCGCUUCCAAGAGCUACUCGUUCUCGCUCGACUUCUUCGACGAGAUCGACGUCGAGUCGUCCAAGACGCACCUCAACUCGAAAUGCCUCUACGCCGUGUUGCGCAAGAAGACGGCAAAGCAAGAGUACUGGCCUCGACUCACCAAGGACAAGGUGCGCCUGCACAACGUCAAGACCGACUUUGACAAGUGGGUUGACGAGGACGAGCAGGAUGAUGUCGAGGAGGAUCUGAGUGGCGGACUCGGCGGCAUGGGCGGCAUGGGUGGCAUGGGUGGCAUGGGUGGCAUGGACCCCGCCAUGAUGGGAAUGGGCGGUGCAGGUGGUUUGGAUUUGCAGAGCAUGAUGGCUCAGAUGGGAGGAGGCAUGGGUGGCAUGCCUGAUUUCGGUGCAGGCGAAGACGAAGAUGAUGAUGACGACGAGGACAACGUUGAGGACACUCCUGCUGCGCCCGCUGCUACCGAGGAGGCAAAGUAA